AUUUAGCUUCUACCGGUAGUUUCCAACCAGUUGUCAUUCGAACGCACUAACAAGUGAAUGUGUGAACUCUUCCACAGACUAUAUAAUACAAUUUUGACGAUUUGUUUUGUUAACAGUCCCAGCGAUGGAUAAAUUAUUUCGAAAAAUUUGAACGUUUGUGAGAUCAUGAUUUGAUCUGGUUUUAGUGAUGGCUUGGAUAUACUGCGUUUUAUGGAUAUUCCUGUUACAGAUAACAAACUCCAAAGCCUACGAAGAGACAGAGUGGCGGAGCGGAAGGGCACCGCAUUUCCAGUCAAAUGGUUCGUACAAAAUCUUGAAUAGAUUUGUGAAGCCUUUUAUCAGUAGAAGAGUAAUGGAGAGUCCUAUAGUUUUCCCAGAUCUGACGUCGAGGUCAGGAAGCGAUUUCGCAUUGCAAAUACCCGAGGAGUGUAGACGGCUAGGAAUUUGUGAGGAUAUCCCUAACUAUCCAGAGGACAUCGUCUACAAUGUAAUACAACAGAUUGAAAGGGACAAUAAAACUAAAUUCAAUAGAGAUGUACUGGAGCCGCCUCAGAUCGCUGAGAGAAUUGGCCCUGAAGAGGAAACUAUUGAUUUGUGCGUUUCUUCGGAAAGGAUAUUUGUACCUAAAGUGGCACAAGAUGUAAACAAAGACUGGUAUAUAAUAGUUAACGACAAGCAGAAACCUCGGCAGACGUUCCGCGUUGAAAUAUGCAAAGGUGGCGAGAGCGCAUCGUGCUCUUCAAUAGCAUUCUUCCAAAAGGGAUAUGAGGCCAAGUGUAUCCAAAAAUAUGUUCUCCGCAACAUGAUAGCUCUGGAUGACCAAAACGAAGUAAUCGAGAGGCCUUUUCAAGUUCCCAGUUGUUGUUCCUGCGUGGCUAGAGUCGUGUAAUAAUUGUAUUUAAUGUAAAUUAUAAAUUAUAGCUCUUAAGUAUU